AUGCAGAAUCUCCAGGAACAGCUGCAGGCUCAAUUCUGCCAGCAGCAGCAGCAGCAGCAAAACCAACAGCAGCAACAGCAAAACCAACAGCAAACCCAUGGAGGCAAUCAAGGGUUCAUGGGCUUCCCUGGGAUCCCAGCGGAUCCGCAGCAAGCAGCGGCUCAUUUUGGUGCACCUAAUAACCAGAACCAACAGCAGUGGCAACUCAACCUGGGUGGCGACCAAGGUAAUGCGCAGAACAACAACGCUGACUGGGCCAUGAUGCAAUUGCUACAAACACAACAAUUGCAACCUGGACAGGCACAAAUACCCGUACAGCAAUUGCAGCAACCUCAGGCGCAUCUACAGCAACAAGCACCGGCAUUCCAGCAUCAGCUCAACCAGCUUCAACAACAGCAACAACAGCCAGUGCAGCAGCAACAGCCAACAUUUGUGGUCCAGCAGCAACCCCCUCCUCUGAUCCAAGCUCCACCUGCCAAUGGUCAACCACAGCAACAGCAGCCACCGCAGCAAUUGCACCAGCAGCUACAAAUCAAUCAACAGCUGCAACAGCAAGUGCAGCAGAUCAUGCAGCAAAAUGCAGUAGCCGUGCCACCACCCAUGGGUGACCCAACAAACAACAACACUCCCGAGAUGGAUGCGGUGGCAGCAGCGACCGCAUUUGUAGUACAGCAGCAGCUGCAGGGUCAAAAGCAACAACGACACAUCAUGACGGGUCAGGAAGAGGAGGGUGACGACGACGAUGAUGACGAGGAGGAUGACGACGAUUUGCCUCCUCCACCACCUCGCAAACGCACCAAGACAACAAAUAACACUAAUGAUCCUGAUGGUCACAUGGGGGAUGUUCUGGGAGAGGAGGGGGAUGACGAUGACGACGAACCCACAGAACCCAAAAAGCUCAGUCGUCGUCAAAGACCUCCCAAAACAAACAUUACUCGCACCAGGUACUCCAAUGACUUCAAGAUGAGGGUCGUCAGUGAACUGGAAGAGAACACUUAUGGGACCAUUACCGAUAUCUCCAAGCACUAUGGUGUUGCGGAACAAACCCUCCGUGACUGGAUGAAAAACAAGGAAAAGAUUGUAGACGCCGUGCAACGAAGAGGCAGCAUGAAGGCCAAUCCGGUCAAUCAUCUACGUCACGUGACUCAGGCUCUGCUCGCAUUCAUGGAUUCACACUAUGCUCAAACGGAUCAACCCAUCACAGCUAGAAUGAUUGCCGCCAAGGGGAACGAGAUCAAACAUCAACUCUUGGAAGAGGAUGCCAGGCAACCCUUCCUUACAGACGGUGAACGGAGAAUGACCAACAAGUUCAGUGCCUCUCUGUCGUGGGGGAAGAAGUGGGUGCGCCAGUAUGCCAGGUGCAAAACUACUCAAGUUCCUCAGGAUCUGGAGGAACUAUCCAAAGAAGAAUUGGUCCGACUGUUGCGGUCUGUGGCAUCGGAACGAGAACAGCAACAUCUCGGACAGAACGUUCUUAUGCCGGGAGAACCCAAGGCCCCUGGUGAUCCGCCAGCCAACAACAACAAUGCCUUGGCAAUGCCGGGCGGCAUGGGUGGAGGAAACACAACAGGUGGUGGUGGCGUCGAUCUCAAUGCCUUGCUAAAUGGAACUCCUCCCAAACCCAUCUAUGUCAAGGCCAGUACGUUGCUGCCAUUGAUACCGGCGCCUCCAAGGGUCAAGGUAAACACGACCUACAAAGUGGAUCAAGCAAAGUCACGAAUCUGUGAGACACUGACGGCGUUGAUUAAGAAGAAGCCUCACAAUUGGAAGGGUCGUCCAACCACGGAAAUGACCGAAGAAGUGCCAACUCUCGAGGCUGCCCGAGAACUCAUGAAGGGAUAUCCAGAAGUCAACAAAACUGCAAGGUCUUAUCGAUGGCAAUUGACGGGGGCACAAGUCAUUGAAUGGCUUGGCUGUCCGAAGUAUGUGCAUCCUGUGAAUUUCCAAGGCAAGGUGGUCUGUACCAUUGGCCAAACGGCCUCGGUGUACGCGUUUGCUGGAUUCGACUCCAUGCUGGCAAAGUACGAACAGGGUACGGCCACUCUUACACUGAAGGUCAAGACCUACACUGCAGGGACAGGGAAUAUUCCAGGAUCCGACGAUCCUGUGUUCAUGUGCGACCACUAA